GAGAGCAAGCUCUAGCCUUCUCAGUCCUCCAUCGAAGUAAGCUGUCCCCAAACACAGUUCGCUUUCCUAGCCUCUGCCGUCUCUCUACCUAUCUAUCUCUCCCUUUCCGUUGGGCUGUGAGGAAGAAGGAUAGACAGAGAAAGGGAUGAUGUCGAGGGAGCGCAAGAAAGUGGCUGCUCUGCAGGAGAAGCUGCAAAUCCUCCGCUCUAUCACUCACUCCCAUGCUUUGAGCAACACGUCCAUAAUCAUGGACGCUUCGAAGUACAUCAAGGAGCUGAAGCAGAAGGUCGUGAUGCUGAACCAGGAGAUCGCUUGCGCGCAAGACUCUCGCAGCAAGCAGAGCUCCUACCCGACGGUGACCGUUGAAACCCUAGGACACGGGUCGUUCCUCGUCAACGUGUUCUCCGACAAGAGCUGCCCGGGGCUUCUCGUUUCCAUCCUCGAGGCCUUCGACGACCUGGGCCUUGGGGUCCUGGAAGCCACCGCCGCUUGCGCCGACACAUUCCGCCUAGAAGCCAUAGGAGGGGAGAACCUGGCGGAGAACGUGGACGAGCACGUGGUGAAGCAGGCCGUGCUCCGGGCCAUAAGCGCCUGCUCCUCCCAGUCCCCGAGCGCCGGCGCCGAGCACGACGACGAGCAAAUAUAGCGCAGUACGACGUCGAGCUAGCGCCCAUGAUAGCAUCUCCGGCGUCGAUCGAUCGUGUGAAAAUCUGCAUCGAUCGAUCAUAUAUAUUAGUUAAUGAUCUGUAUCAUUAUCUCUCUAUAUAUCUCUCCCUCGAUCUCAUUCCUUCCUAUUCGUUCACCUGUGUGUGGGCACUAGUGCGAUCAAUGCAUAUGGCUCGUCGUCGUAGCUAAUUAAUUCCGUGAAUCAGCACGAUAUAUAUAUCCUGUAAUGCUAGCAGUCAAUUAGGGGAUGAGCGGGGGAUAAUAUGAAAAUAAUCAAGAGUGAUCUUGAUUAUGCAUGUAACAUGUGAUGGCCAGGUCUGGAAGCUAAGCUAAUCGGAGCUAGUAAUUGGCCUAUUAUUGUAUGAACUCUUCUUUAUGCAUGAUGAAUUGGACCGAUAAUAACAUGCACGUCCA